UGCAGAUGGUUGCCACCGCCGAUCAGACAGAACUCUUGAAUAUUCUAAGGAAAGAAGGAAGCAAGUGUCUGUCACAAAUUGCCGAGAGCAACCCUCCGGAUGGAAAUAAAACGUACUGUCCCCCUGAGUGGGACCUAGUCACAUGCUGGCCGUACGGAGAAGCUGGUGCAAAAGUCAGCCUACUGUGCCCCGGGUAUUUACCGGAUUUCAACAGCCAAGGACACGUAUUUAGAUACUGUGACGUCACAGGAAAAUGGGUACUCAACCCGGCUACCAACAAAACGUAUGCAAAUUACACAGAAUGCUGGCAAAAAGCACAGACCAGCCGGGUCCCACGAGAGGUUCUAAAAAGAGUAACAACGAUGUACACUGUUGGGUACUCCGUCUCUCUAGGGUCUCUCUUCAUAGCGUUCAUCAUUCUAGCUUCAUUCAAGCGGCUACACUGCACGCGAAACUACGUCCACAUGCAUCUCUUCAUGUCCUACAUGUUACGGGCCUUCUUUAUUCUGGUAAAGGACGCCGUGCUAGUCGGGGACUCAGUGGACACACCAAGGGACACGCCUGGUUGUAAAGUUGCCCAGACCAUCUUCAUGUAUUUCAUGGCCACCAACUACUUCUGGAUCCUGGUGGAGGGACUAUACCUCCACAACCUCAUCUUCGUCUCCGUGUUUUCUGAGAGGAAGUUCUUCUACGGAUUCAUCGCCAUUGGCUGGGUGUUUCCUCUGACGUUUGUGGUCCCCUGGGUUGUGGUGCGUGCUACGUUGGAGGACAAUGGGUGUUGGGACACAGACGACUUGGGAUACACGUGGAUCUACAAGGCACCUAUCGUGGCCGCCAUCUUGUUAAACUUUUUCCUCUUCCUAAACAUCCUGAGAGUGCUGGCCAAGAAGAUGCGCUCACCUGCCUCAGUGGCUGACCAGAGAAACCAACAAUGUUGUGCGUGCUGCUUCGGCGGACAACCACAAGAGCCAAGUGGAAGGAGAGGUAGUUAUGGCAGGAGGAGGAGCAGCAUCCAGCUACAGAUGCCCAUGAAACUGGCCAAGUCCACGCUUGUUCUGAUCCCGCUGUUCGGAGUGCACUACAUCGUGUUUGUGGGCAUGCCGGACAAUGUCGGAGGCACGGCAUACGAAGUUCGGCUUUACUUUGACCUGUUCUUCAACUCAUUCCAGGGAUUCUUUGUCGCCGUCCUGUAUUGCUUCUUAAACGGAGAGGUGCGAGCCGAGUUCAAGCGGAGAUGGGAACACUGGAAGCUGAAGAGAAACUUGGACACUAGAAGAACCAGUCGGAACCCUCUCAGCUUCACGUCCCGGACAUCCGUGGACUACAGCUAUAGUGUCACAACCCAGGCGGUAAGCAAUGGAAGUCCCCCCGCCAUGACAAAAGACAACGACGCCCACAAUGGUUCUCCUACCAGGAACGGGCUUCUCCAAGCUAACGGGAGGUGUGGGGACGUACCUCCCACUGUCACCCCACAGAAGCGGGCUUCCUUCAACAUGGUCGUGGAGAGGAUCAAAGAAGAGAGUAGCGAGAAGGAUUCCCUUAUCAAGGAUGGUGCGUUAGAAAUGGAGUCUGCCGUCUGACAGCACUUUUUGUCUCUUUACAUUUCGUUGUAAAUUUAUGAGGUUUCGUGUUGUAAAUUUUUUGGAAGGGCUAACAGUCCAUGGUUGUAACAAAGUACAUGGAAAGUCACUAAACUUGUGAAUUUUGAAGCACCCAAACUAUUGAAAGCGUUAAACUUUACUGAUUAUAUAUUCUAUACCGCAAUUGUGAAUGUUACUAAGAUUUGAAGAUAAUAGCAACAUUUUUUAUACCCCCUAA